AUGUAUGUGCAGUGGGAUAUUUACUCUAAAGAGCUUAGGCCUAUGGGUCAUGGUCUUAGAGUUCAGUUGACAUGCAUAGUGAAAGUCGAAGAUUUAUUGGUGCAUUAUAUGGUACAGGAUGUGAACAUGGAGAUGGAAUCUGAGGAGAUGCCUCAGGCAGUGUAUGGAAAUGCAUCGGAAAUGCCAAGAGAAAUUGUGAUCAGUGAGGUACUGGAGGAGGAGGUCAUAGCAGAGGUUCAGGUGGACUUAGCACUCCAUUCUGCACCUGUAGUUUCAAUCCCAGAGACAGAGUCUUACGAUGAUGAUGGGAUAUGCACAUGUUUGGAGUUACCUUUUGACCCAGGCAGUGCAGUCUGCACUUUACGAGAGGACAGAGAGCAAGGAUUUUGGCCUUGUGGCCCCAGUGACGAGUUUAAUGUUAAGGAGCUAAGGCCUUGCAGCCCUAGUUCACAGCAGGAAUACUGGCUUCUGGCCAUGUUCCAGUGA